AUGCGUACUCAGCAGCUCCUCCCUCUUUGUGGCCUCCUGCUUGCCAGCGUUGCUAUCGCAUCCAAAUUGGACCAUGAUGAUGUCCCCAAUCGCUGUUGGCCUGCCUGCGGCCCCGUCGUUGGAAUCGCCAAAAGUUGCGAUGCCCAACACGAACGGGAUUCAGCCGAGAUCCAAUGCAUCUGCGAUUGGGAAGCUGCCAAAACUCAGAUCCCGCUCUGCUCCGCCUGCAUCACCCAGUAUCAAAACGACAGGCGCAACCACAAUAUCACUCAUCACGACCAUGAUGACCAUGAUGAUGAUUAUGAUGACAACGACAAUGACAAUGACAAUGACGACGACGACGAUAACGAGGCCCUUGACCUUGUCCGCUCUUGCUCGCUCAGCACGACUACCUACAACUCUGCCGCUGCCACCACUGUGAGCACAUCUACGGGCACUGCUGGAGCAAACACAGUCACCACCACAGACUCUUCAAACGCAGCCACCGGAACGGACUCUUCUAGCACCGGCGGAACUAACAGCCAAGACUCGACUCCGUCUGUCUCUGGAUCGACUGAUUCUGCUGGUGCUUCAGCGGGCUCCGCGUCCUCUCCCACCGCUACUCCCGAUGCUGCAGCUGGUAUUUCGGCUCCCGGUGCUGCAUCCAUGGCAGGUGCCGUGGGACUGAUGGCUUUGGCUUGGCUGUGA